AUGGCAGAAGAUUCCUCCGCGCAAGCAGCAGCAAUGGAAGCGCCCGCGUUCGCUCCUGCAGAGACUGCGCCUCCUACGCCUAAGGCGGCACCGCCGGAGCUCCUUUCCACCUUGGCAGCAUCUAACCCGGUAGAGCACAUUAUUGGCCCCCAACUCAAGAUAGUGGCUCACCCGGAUGGUACUUACGCUAUGGUCACUGGCGACCUGAAUACUCCCAUCCCGAAAGCACAGUUUGAGGCUCUUCUGGCACACAAGAACUCCCUCUCCACGAUAUCAAACAUGGCCGGUAUCCAACAUGAUAGAGUACGGCAACACACCUCUUCUAGUGUCAAAAAUGAAGAAGAUGAUGACGAGCCCAUUUCAUGGGGUGAUAUGGAUCCUCAGCUUUCCAAUCUCUUGCGUAGUGACCCCGAAGCCCUUAGAGCCUUCAAGGCCCGACGUAAGCCCCAGAAGCAGGCACGAUUAGAUGCUGCCUCUUCCACGUUUCCACCUUCGACCAUCAGCCCCACAGUAGAUCAGGCUCCCCUUGCGCUAGCUAGUGAGUUUCCUCCAGUUACCCCGGACAACCUCAAAGAAGUUCUAGAGCGAUAUCACACCGAGCAUGUUAUGCCAGCGAUUCAACAGGUAGCCAGCGAAGCCAACUCCAGCUUGAAUGAAAGGCUCCAAACGGUCUCGAAGCGACUCACCCUUCAGCACUUCUCGGGCAUCGCCUCCGAGUCAGAUUUGCAUCGAAGAACGUUGAUCAUACACGGUAUCCCCCCUUUCUCUAACCGAAAGGCCAUUGACAACAACUUGCAGUAUUUGCUUACGGUAGCAGAGCUUACUUUCGGUAGUAUCCAAUCGGUUACAAACCACCUUUUGACCACUGCGGCAGGAUUUCUGAAACUCAUUUUCAUUACGGAGCAAGACUCCCGCUCCCCCUACCGUGCAUUCCGCAACGGCAAGCGAUAUUUCAGGCCCGAUGAUGGGGCCGUGACUCCCACAUGA